GGUUCCACAAUGGUACAGCCAGCAUCACGCUGCACAAUGGUUUCCAGGCAGUGAAAGAGCGUGAUUCAGCAAGCCACUCUCUUUUUUUUUUUUCCUUUUAUUUCGUUAUUAUCAGACGUUUUGGCUCCCCUUUUUCCAUUCUGCUUUACCUGUUCCCCCAGGCUUUUAUUUAGUUCUUGAAAGAAAAAAUUAAUUUUCCUUGAAUGCAGCUGCCUCUCUUUUUAUUUUUAUUAUCAUCAUUAAUAAUAACCCAUCUUUUCCUCGGCCCUGUUUGGAAUGUGGUUUAAAAAUACCACCUAAAAUCGCAGUUUGGGGAAAAGGUUGCUGGACGAGAAGAAUAUAGUUCGCAAGCACGGAAUGGGCUAGUAUUAGAAACCUGUACCUGCAGCAGGCCAGAUUCAAAUAUCAGCUAUGGCAACCCAUGUAUGAAGUUGACCCCUUUUCAACCAUUUCCUAUAGAUGAGACAUAGCACUCGCUGUGGUAUUUAUGAGCCGCCAUUUCUUGUACUUUUGUGGUGAACCUACCCUGGAUGUGAAGAUUGCCUUUUGUCAGGGAUUUGGGAAACAAGUGGAUGUGUCAUAUAUUGCCAAACAUUACAACAUGAGCAAAAGCAAAGUUGACAACCAGUUCUACAGUGUGGAAGUAGGUGACUCGACCUUCACGGUUCUCAAACGCUACCAGAACUUGAAACCUAUUGGCUCUGGGGCUCAGGGAAUAGUUUGUGCUGCCUAUGAUGCCAUCCUUGACAGAAAUGUGGCCAUUAAGAAGCUCAGCAGACCGUUUCAGAACCAAACUCAUGCCAAGCGAGCUUACAGAGAGCUGGUCCUCAUGAAAUGUGUGAAUCAUAAAAACAUUAUCAGUUUAUUAAAUGUCUUCACACCACAGAAAUCUCUGGAGGAGUUCCAGGAUGUUUACCUAGUAAUGGAGUUAAUGGAUGCCAAUCUGUGCCAAGUCAUUCAGAUGGAGCUAGACCAUGAACGAAUGUCUUACCUACUGUACCAAAUGCUCUGUGGCAUCAAGCAUCUUCACUCUGCAGGAAUUAUUCACAGGGAUUUAAAACCGAGUAAUAUUGUGGUAAAAUCUGACUGCACAUUGAAGAUUUUGGACUUUGGACUGGCCAGGACUGCAGGCACUAGCUUCAUGAUGACUCCAUAUGUGGUGACACGUUACUACAGAGCACCAGAGGUCAUCUUGGGAAUGGGCUACAAGGAGAACGUGGAUAUAUGGUCUGUGGGAUGCAUUAUGGGAGAAAUGGUUCGCCACAAAAUCCUCUUUCCAGGAAGGGACUAUAUUGAUCAGUGGAAUAAGGUUAUUGAGCAGCUGGGAACACCCUGUCCAGAAUUUAUGAAGAAACUACAGCCGACAGUACGCAACUACGUUGAGAACAGACCGAAGUACGCUGGCCUCACUUUCCCCAAACUUUUUCCAGACUCUCUCUUCCCAGCUGACUCAGAACACAACAAACUCAAAGCCAGCCAAGCCAGGGACCUUUUAUCAAAGAUGCUAGUCAUUGAUCCAGCCAAGCGAAUAUCAGUAGACGAAGCCUUACAGCAUCCAUACAUUAAUGUCUGGUAUGACCCAGCAGAAGUGGAAGCGCCUCCUCCUCAGAUAUAUGAUAAACAGCUGGAUGAAAGGGAACAUACAAUAGUUACCUGGAAAGAACUCAUCUACAAAGAAGUUAUGAAUUCUGAAGAAAAGACUAAAAAUGGCGUAGUAAAAGGACAGCCCUCUCCUUCAGGUGCAGCAGUGAACAGCAGUGAAAGCCUCCCUCCAUCCUCAUCUGUCAAUGACAUCUCAUCCAUGUCCACUGAUCAAACACUGGCGUCUGACACAGACAGCAGCCUGGAAGCUUCUGCGGGACCCCUCGGUUGUUGCAGGUGACUAGCCGCCUGCCUGCGAAACCCAGCGUUCUUCAGAGGAUGAUACAAUUUAGGGGAAAAAAUUAACAGGAGUUAAGAGAUGAAAAGGAAGAGAAAUAAAAUACAAAGAUUUAAAUGAAACAAACAAACAAAAUCUUUUCAGCCUGCUUCUCCUACAGAGUUAUGUAAUGCAGCUAAGCUCAAGUGUAUAUUUAACUUAUAGUUGCUCUGCUUUGGUCUUCUUCCAAUGAUGCUUUAUGAAGGGGGAAAAAAAAAAGGAAGAAUCCUUUUCUUUCCCCUUCCCGUAAAAUGUAGAAUUUAUGGCUGCAAAACCAGCAACCUGCAACUGUCCUUUUCACACUGGCAUGACAAGGUGUGCAGUAGCCACUCGAAAAUGUAUGAGUGUGUAUCUGCCUUCACUCUCUGUUCUGACUUCUUCUGCCUAGUGAGGCAGACAGGAAUAAAAUGCGUUUUUCUUAGUAUACAAAUAGCACGUAGACACAUGCCAAUAGAAUUUGGGAAGUGUAUGCAGCUGUGUGUCUCCAGCAGGACACACAUCUGCAUAUGUAUUCAGUGUGCACUCCAUAACUAAAUGGCCCAUUUCAGGUGAACUGCAUAAAUACAUAUGUGAUAUAUUAGCAGUAUGUAUUCUAUUUGUUGGUUCAACAUUAGGUUGCAUAUCUUACAUGAGGAUUUGUGGAAGUGAAAAUAACCACAUCAGACUGCAGUUCCCUCAGACACUUGAAGAUGUAGCAACAAAAUUUCUCCUGAGAGGUGUAUAUAUUUUUUGAAAUAAUACCUGUUUGUACUGAAAGGAGAUGCCAUAGAGCUUCUCAUAAAAAUGUUCUUUCUUUGUGAACGUUAACACUUGUUAUUCUGAUUUUUAGAGCAGAUAUGCCAAGCUAUGACCGGGUUAGAAGGAAGCACAUGCAUCUUUGCAAGCUACGGGGAACAAGAAUGAAGGUCUUUUACGUAUGUCUAAGCCCAGAAAGAUUUAUCUCAGUGAGCAGCUUUUCCUGUUAAUAUUAAGUGAGUUAUCAUCUUAGUUUGUAGAUAGGCUUGCUAUUAUUAAUUACAUUGUCUAUGUUUAUGUGUUAGGGGGUAUGACAAGGUUGGGGAACAGAUUACGGUCAAAAGGGCAUGCACAGUUUACGGGGUUUUUUUUAUGUCUAGGUCAUUAGUAAAUCAAUUGAAUAAAGAGAGGAGAUUUGCAGCCCACUUCCUCUCAGAGUGUUUGCUGCUGCGAGGUUGUUUUCCCUGGAAAUCAUUCCCUUGCAGGAAUCUCCGUGACUAAGAGAACAGGCCAUCUGUAGGUGCUUUUGGCUAUUCACUUGCCUAUGACAAAUCAUCCAGUUCCCCAGAAAGUUUUAUCAGCGGUGUUACAUGGAAAAGAUUGACCCGGUCAAUAGGCCUAGUAGUCCCAUAUUCUAAGUAACAGCAAACAGCACCAGCUAGUGCACUGGGUCUAAUCAGGUGUCUUAGGCAGUGUUGCUGAGUUCCAAAGGACUCAGUAGUGGCUGAAAAUGAAAUGGGUUUUUGCCAGAAAAUAAGAAGUAGGGUUUCCGGUGGUAAACGACAGCAAGUUUUUUUAAUCAGAGAAUGCAAGACUAAACACAGCAAUUCAGGACAGCUGAUCAUUUUUCCAGCCAGAACAUCAGUUAGCAUUUCACGUUGCGAGAGCGCAAUUAUCUGAGUUGGAAAUCAACUAAGACCUGAGGCUCUCAUCUCUCUUCUUACCAAAGUAUGCCGUGUAAACUGAAAUGAGGUAAUUCACACUAUUACACUGUUCCGAAUGUCAGAAAGAGAAAUUGUUUAGAAUAUGUUACUGGAUAGUUUAAAUACACUGCUGUUAGCUAGUCAGACUUCUACUGAAAUAUAACUGUUUUGUUAGGUAGCUCACGAAGCUGCCGUUCCGGAGUUAGGAGAAAAAUCUGAGUGUCAAAUGAGAUUUUGUUCAAAGGAAGGAAAGCUAAUAAUGAACUUCUCCUGGCAGGUGGAAUAAAAGCUAAAUGGGUAUAAAGUAAUUUCGGAGCUGGUAGCUCUGAGCAGUCUCAGAAUUGCUGUAGGAAAUUUUCUUCCCCCAGGUAUACUUUUGGUGGGUUUUUCUGAAAAUUUUGGUGGAAAAUAAAAUUAGGUUGACAGUUCUCUAAAAACUCUGAGCAGUAAUUGUGAAAGCAAUAAUUUACUACUGCAGAAAAUAUUUAGCAAUAUUUUCUCUUAAGCCAUGAAACAUCAAGUCAUCCUUCAGUGAUGUAACUCUCAGUUCAAAGCCGAUCAUCGUAAAAGUAUUUAAAGGUAAACAGCAGUGCUUUGUGGGUAUGAAGGCAAUAACACUGAGGGUGACUUCUUAGCAAUAAUAAAAGGUAUUACUUCCAGAUUUAAAUCAUCACAGAAACACUAAUAAAGUACAGAUAACUGACAUCCACUUUACAUCUCUUAAUGUGCACAGUUUGGGUGUGUUCUUUAACCAAAAAAAAAAAAAAAAAAAGGAGGCAAGCGUCUCAGGUGAAGUUGUAUGUAAGAGGAACUGCAAAAAUACGACAGAAUUAUAAACUGGGAAUAAUCACAGUGCAUUGCCAGUGAUGUUAUGAAGAUGUCUUCUAGGCAAUAGCAGAGAAGCCAUUUAUAGUAAAUGGAUACUUAUGGUGGAGAAAAGCUCUCCCAUGUUUCAUCUGUCAAAGUCAAAACAACUAACUUAGUCCCGUAGUAUUACUCAGUCUUGUUUGGGUUCGUGAGUGCUGGGUGAAGAACCAACCACCAUACAAGAUGUCCUAGUGAUUGGUGCUAAAUUAACCCACAACAUAGAAAAUACUAAGCUAUAUUCUCAAAAGCACUGAUUCUGCAAAGCACCAGUGCGUACAGAAACCUCUCUUUGAGAUACAGGGAUGCAUACAUAAUUUUAGCUAGCAAGUGCUUUUGUCCUUUGCUUAGUAGUGAUUGAUCUAAGUACAUGCUUAAGUGCCUUGUUGAAAUGGGGCCUAUAACAGUUGUUGCAUCUCUUUUUUUCCUCAAAUUCGUCAGUCUCCUUUUUGGGAAGCUCUGUCUGUGGGGGAGACUUGGGGCUGUCCACAUUGGACACUAGAAAAAAAGCCAUCAAUGGAAAAAAGCAAUAGUUCUUUACAGUUCAGUUCUUGCCCUUGUAUGGUCCUGUCCAAACUGAAAGAGCAACCAACAAAUAGGAAUCGUCUCCUUUGUUUUUCUCUGGGUCAGGAAGUUGGUGCUUCCAGCCAGUACUUUACAGGAAUACAUACGCGAUUGCAGUACAACUGCAAUUAGAGAUUGCAGUUACUGACAUUCUGUAACUGUCUUAGGAUAAAAAAAAAUUCUUACAGAUCCCAGAAAUUAAGGCCUUCAAGCCUUUUCCUCUUUAUUCCAAUAUUUUGUCCAGUGUGAUAUGACGGAUGUUUUUCUUCUCUUUCUUACCAGUGCUCUUUCAAAUCUACCUCUUUGUUUAAAAUUACAGUAAAGAGUACUUGCAUAGCAGUUUACUCCUCAUUCUCUGAGGUUUGCAGUCGUAAGGUAUAACUGCCACCAUUGCAGAGAUGUAGAAAAUUGGGAACCCGGCGAUUUAUGACAGAUCUACCAAAGGCACUAUCAGUGAGGCUCUUGCCAGAAGUGCGCAGGUGCGUAUCUUCCAUCAGCACGAAUGGGAGCUGGGCACCCUGGUACUUCUGAAAAUAUGCCUAAGAUCCUCUCUGUAUCUUAAGUGCCUGAAGACGGUAAGAAAUUCUGUCCCAAGUAGCUUACUCAGUUCAUGUAGACAGCCAUCAGCAGAGUAAGGAAAACGGCAGAAGCAUCUUGAUUGUCAAUGGCUGCUCAGAGCACCAGCUACAAAAAAUAGCUUUGAGGAGAUAGAGAGGAAGAUCACGGAAAAACGUUCCUGCUUUAUUUUCAGGUGAAGAUAAAGUACUAGAUAGUACUAGAAACGUAGGAAAAUGAUAGCAUUGCUCUGAAAAGACCUCCCUCCUUUCUUCUUCUCAUUGAUAAGUUUAAAGGAGCAUGAAAUACCGAUUUGCGUCAAGUUGACGAAAAGUUAGGCGUGUUUUCAAUCCAAAUUGUCUAUAGUUUUUGAAGUCAGUCUGCACAUAUUGACAUGAUAGCUGGAAUACUGCCUUCUGAGUUUUGACUUCAUUCCAUUAGAAUAUAACGCAUUUUUAGAGAGAGGAAAUAUUUCUUUGACUUGGUCGCACAUUGAUUUAUGAGAAUCAUACUGUUGUUAGGAAUGUGCCCGUAUUAGCUAGAAUUCCCUGGCACAGAUGCAUGAAGAAGAGCUUGACUUGGAGUACAAGUAUGGGUAGCUUGUCAAAGAAAGCACCAGAAAGCCUGAUCAGGUACUUCCCUAAUGCGUUCAUGUUUCUCUCCGGAAAUCACCAGUUCCUGCAUGAUACAGGCCUCAGGAGACUACACAAACCAGGUGAUGAGGUAGCUGUAUCAGGCUUCUGAACUUCAAACCAAGAAUAAAUUCAUUUGUAUGGUUUUGCCUUCAUAUAUAUUGCUUUACCUUCAAGCUUUGGGCUAACGAUACUGAAGAAAUUAGGCUUGGUGUAGUGCCUUUAGGAAGAUCACCAAAAUACUGCUACUUACCGAUAAGGAUUGCAUUUUAAUGUUUAUCAGUGAGCGCCAAUGAUAUUUUUUUCUACUAACAAAUUUUCUCAUGAAGAGAGGCUGAUAGUCAAGAUCGAGACUGUUUGCCUGAGAGAGAGUCAGUUGCGGCAAAUGUCCCAGUACAAAAAAAUGGAAAAAUAUUUGGUUUUAGUAUUCUAAAAAUCGUUGUAAAAUGUAAUUGUAGUAUCUUAAAUCAAAAUAAUUUAGUAGCAAAUUUUAGUUUAUUUCUAUUACAAGCAUUGCAGUAUUUCAGAGGAUCAACAAUGAUUUCACUGUGCACUUCUAUAUUUUUCUCUUUAUACUUUUUGAGAUUUUAAUUUUCGAUCUGAAUUCAAGCAUGAAAAAAUUAAAAUCUCAGAAAAAAAUUUUAGAGCAAAAAUAACGUAUUUCCCACCUAAGUCUAUUAAGCGUGCUUCCAGGGAGAGCAAUAUGAAAGAAAACCUGCAGGGAAGAAUUAGGCUUUUCUUUCAAUAGCCUGGCAAAAAGUAGUCUGUGUUAGUGGUUCACUCUAAGUGUGGAGUUUAUUUCUCUUUGCUUCUCUGUGUGUGUGGAAGAAAGAGAGGGAGUAUAUAUGAAUGUGGUUUUUAGAUUCUUAAUGUUAUAUUCGUAUGUGAUCCAAAUUCUCAAUGUGGAUAAAGAGCGUAACUGUAACAUAAUCACACAUCUUCAAGAAUCUGAUGACUGUGCUUAUUUUAACUUCCACCACUUUACAAAGGACACAGAUGAUAACUAAACACAAGCUCAAGCUGAACUUUCUCACACACACGCAUACACACAAUCAGUGUGCAGUAGGUUUAAAUAUUCCACAAAUACGCAAUGUCUUAAUUAGAAAGAUGCUGUUUGGGGGCAGGGAGGAAUGGGGAAUGUGUCGUCUUCACUGAUGAGCUGGAAAACAGACCUGUCCAGUGGAAUUUAGUGGACUCUGUGUAACGUAUUAGGAACUUGCCAAUGGGGCCUGGUUGUUUUUUGUUUGCUUUUUGUUUCUUAAAUUAACUAUUGAUUACAAGAGGUGAACUGUUUAACUUCAUUUCUGUUCAGGCUCAUUGACCCAUGGCAAGUUUGAGUUUUAAAGAGGGUUUGAUGCGACAAAAGAAUGUUGAAAAACUUCAGCUGAGGCUAAUGGUGCCUUUUUACCUGAGUGAAAAGCUGAAAAGCACUUAUUGAAGGAAGACACAGUCAAUUUGGGAAAUAAAUGUAUCUCUACCAUGCUUAUCAUUUCAGACAGGUAAGCCUGUCUCUUUUGCUAAUUUUCACUGAACAGGGCCAUUCUUGUCUUCUGGAAAGCAAGAUAUUUAUAAUGUAAAUAGUUGUAAUGAUUUUUUUCUUCCUCUGUAACUAAUACGUAAUAAUCCAACAUGCUAUUUCUGUUAGAUCUUUUACAAUAAGGCCACUGUAUGCCUAAAUAUGGUUGACCUCUGACCUUUUCCCAAGUCAGUCAUGUGCUGAAAAGGAGGGUGCUGGAGGUUUCAGUGUAUAUAUGGAAUCUUGUAUAUUUAGUAAAUUGAGUAAGUGGGACUUAUGGCCAGUAUACAUUAAAGCCACAACAGUAACAAAGCUCCAAAUCUUAACUAGCAGAAACAACUGUUCACCUUGCCAUGUCUGUCCUUAUAAUAAGACCUAAGUUGCACCUGCCUGUAGUUCUGCAUGAUCAGACUUCAAAGUAUAACUAACAAAGUCUGUAACGUAUCAGUGUUCAUAAACGUAGAUUAAAAAAAAAAAGAAACUCCAGACCAACAUCAGAAAACCAGCAACGGCAACAGUUCAACGUUAAGAAUGGAAGAUGAGACACGUCCGAUUUUGUUGCAGGGUUAGAGUUGAAAGGGUGAACCAGUGUCAGUCAGCAUAAAUGGACUGCGGUAGUGACAUUUACUAAGAAACUAACCUUAUUUCCAUAUUGCUUUGUUCCUACUCUGUUUUCCUUUGACCAUCUGUUGUUCCCUGUGUGCAGUACAGGGGAGAAUUUGGCCCCAGUCAUCAGCAUUUUAUGGGUCAAUGUUGCGUAAGUGAUUUCUGAUUGCUGUUCAUUUAGCAAUUGCUAAACUAAGGUGAGAAACUCAUUUGCUCCUGUGCAUCAAAGGGAAUCGUGUCAGAGCUUCCUCAUAAGGAUAAUUCUCACUGCUGUCCUUACUCCUGUCAGCUGACUGACUUUGCAGUGUUCCCAAUAAUAUAGCACAGCAGAGUAAACUGUAUUGAUGGAGGGCUUCAUUAGAUGCCUGUUGUGCAUCAGUACUCUCACUGGGGCUCAAAGUCAUGCAGCGACAGGACACAACUGAAGUACGGUACAUACUCUAUACAUGACGCCUGUAUUACACCAUUAUGACCUUAUAGUGGGAAAACCGCUGAUCUUUACAGAUGUGGAUUUGGACUGUCUUUAUUUGGGAGGAAAGUUGUAGUGAACCUCGCUUCUUAUCCUGCAUACCACUUAGUCCUGUUUGGAGCAGCUAAGCGGAAGUGAACGCAGUGCAAAGACCUUCUAGAGGGGCUGUGCACCGAGGUGAAUUUUGUGCUGUUUGAAUGUGAUCUCACUGAAAAGCCUGUAUAUCCAGCAGGGGAGACUGACUGUUCUAUAAGGGGUAUUUGUGGUGUUUACUUUAAAACAAGCUUUGCUAAUUAAAAUAGUGUAUUCUGGAA